ACGGUAUCCGGCACGGGUGGCGGACGCGUAAUCGUCAGCGCUGGGUGUCCCGGGAAUUGGGUCCUCGUCCUCCUGCCGCCGCCGCGCAUCAUUAAAAUCACCGGCCUGCAGAAAGAAGCCGCGAACUCUUCACUCUGGACUCGCAUCUUUUUUGAAGAAUGGCACCUAAAACUAUGGAACCAAUAGCAAGACGACUUUUUAAGGGAGUUAUGUUCUUGGAGGUUCUAGGCAUAGCAGGAGCCUACUGGUUAUUCCAUAGAAUGAAUGCAAGUCAAGAGUUCAGAUAUAAAGUAAACAGAAGGUUUCCCUCCAUUUUAGAAGUUUAUUAUAAAUCCAAUGAAUGGGCAGGAAUUUAUGGAGCUAGAGAAAUUGAUCAGGAAACCUGGUCCAGCAAACAUAAUCAAUAAUUAUGUAAGUAUAAAGUCUACUACAAGUCUGAUCUCGUAUAAAAAUUGUUCAUCUCUUCUACUUUGAAAAUCUUUUCUUCUUAGUUUUCAGCCCCUUGGCCCUGAACUUGUUCUUCUGCAUUCGGAGUGUACGUGUAUCUCUGCCUCUGAUCCAGGCGUCACGAUCAGAUUCCCACUGUAGCUGCUUUACACCUGGGAGGGGCAAGCAAUACAUGUUUGAGACUUAGUAGUGAACCACAAUUCUUUUCAUGGGUAAGUUUGCCCAACAUGACUGAAAUCUAUCAAAGUGUGAGGAUGUCUUCUCUUGAUAAAAUAAAAGAAAUGAUCUGAUUUUCACAAAUGUAAAUACAUUGUUCAAAAAUUAAAACUGAUUAAAAAAAAGUAAGCAGAUAUAAUUUAAUAAAUUUUUGCUUAAACA